AUGUCGGCCUCCGCCACCACCACCGCAACGAAGGCUCCUGCUGCCGCCUCGAAGAAGCAGCAACGAGUCCCACAACCCAUUCGACCGUCACAAGGACCGCUCAAGUCGACAUGGCACUUGCCAGAGACCGACAAGAAGUGGGGAGUUUACCACUGGCUCAUUCACUUCACUGGAAUUGACCCACUUCCGCAAAACACCACCGCCGUGGUUCACGAGAAGGACGAUCCUAUCCCCGUUUGGAAUAACGUCAACCUUCACAUCUGGAUCGCGCUCCGUGUCUUCCCGGCCAUCGGUCUCCAAUACGUCUACACGCAGUGGGCGGGGCGCAACUUCCACCCCGUCGCCAAUAUUUUGUACUGGGGUGUGUUCGUCAGCCUGUUCGGAUCGAACCUGCUCAACGUGCUGCGUAAGGUCACCACCAACGUCGGCUUCCUGCAGCCUCAGGCGACGCGCGAUGGCAUUCCCGAUGUCAAGGUCACCGAGGUGCUCAAUUCGCUUCUCAUGACGGCUUUCUUCCGCCCUGCCGCAGCGACGCUGGUCAUCUACAACCGUGAUGCACCCAUGAAGCUUUCGCCUUGGUUGCCGCUCAUGAUCCCGGCCUUCUCGCUCGCCGUCGACUUCUGGUUCUACUGGUACCACCGUAUCAUGCACGAGUCUGACACGCUUUGGAAGUUCCACCGCACCCACCACACGGCCAAGCAUCCGACGCCCAUCCUCACCCUCUAUGCCGACAUGGAGCAGGAGUGGUUCGAUGUCGUCUUCAUCCCUCUGCUCGCCUACUUCACGCUCCGCCCCGUGUUCGACAUGGGCUUCUGGGACUGGAUGGUCUGCUGGACGCACGUCAUGUUCAUCGAGCUCAUCGGUCACUCGGGCAUGCGCAUCGCCGGCACCUCACCCGCGUUCGACCUCGUGCCUAUGAAGAGGUUCGACGUCGACCUCGUCAUCGAGGAUCACGACAACCACCACUCGCGCGGCUGGAAGAAGAGCGGCAACUACGGCAAGCAGACCCGCGUUUGGGACAAGCUCUUCGGAACCAUCCUGCCCCGAAUCGAGACCCUCGACCACCUCAUCGACCCCACCGACAAGAUCUCCCUCCCCCAGUUUUAG